UUGUGCGUGUGUACGUCGCGGGUGCAGCAAAGUGUCCCGUUUGUUCCGUCUUUUCGCAACAUAAACAACUCGAAAAACGUCCGAAAAGUGCAACAAAAGCGUGCCCGAACGACGGGCCACUGGUGAGGAACACCCGCGGCACGAAAGCAAUCACCUUUGAUGGCUUCCGACGAGGAAAUUGACGAGUCCAUUGCCGAAGAGGAAGGUGGCGUAAUGGACGAAACAGCGGAUGCCUCGUUGGCCGCAGAUGCGGAUGAGGGCUCUGACGAGGAAGCCAACACGAAAAGCAAUGCCCAGCAGGAUGAGGACGACGAUUACGAGCCAGAGGACAACCGGAAGAAGAAGAAGGGCAAGAAAAGGAAGGCCCGCAGUGACGAGAAGCGCGGCCGGAAGAAGAAAAAACGCAAGAAGAAUGACAGUGGUGACGAGAGUGACCAGAAGCAGAGCGACGACGGGGGUGGUAGCAAUGCGGCGGCCGCGGCCGCUGCCGCUGCUGCCCAGGCCGCCGAAUCGGAUUACGAGUCGCGCCCGAAGCGAGGCCGCGAUCGCAAGAAGGGAAGCAGCAGUCGCAGUGAAAAGGAAAAGAUGCCGUCGAUCCAGGAAGUGUGCAGUUCGUUUGAUCUGACCGACGUCAAGAUCGAGUACUCGGAUGAGGAUCUGGAGAAUCUGGUCACGUUCAAGAUGUUCCAGACGCACGUGCGCCCGAUCCUGACCAAGGAGAACCCACGCGUGCCGAUGGCGAAGCUGAUGAUGCUUGUCGCCGCGAAGUGGCGCGAAUUUUGCACCCAAAAUCCGAACAUCUCGAGUGAGGAUGCCACGGCGGCGGAGGGAGCGGGCAAAGAGGACGACGCCCCGGCCACGCCGGAGUAUGUACCCAAGUCGAGCCGAUCGCGCAGCAAAAUGGAGAACAAGCACGAGGACAUGGUGUACGACGACGAGGACGAAGAGGAAGAGGAGGAGGUGGAGCGGGAGAGGACGCGCAAAAGCAAAAAGGGCAAGAGUGGUGGCGGCAGCAGCGGUGGCGGAGGUGGAAGUAGCAGCAACAAAAAGAGUGGCGGUGGAAGCAGCAGCAGCCGGAAGCAGAAGGUGCCGACGUUAAAAAUUAAGUUUGGCAAGCGCAAGAAUGCCAGUUCGGACGAGGAGCAGGACGCAAGCGGUGGUUCCGAGCGCGAUUCCGAUGCCGAGUUCGAGAAGAUGCUGCAGCAGUCGGAAUCGGAUAAGCCGGAGAAGCCGGAACGGGGAGAAUCGUCGAACGGUGGGACCGGCGGAAGCAGCGGAGGCGGUGCGGAUGGUGGAGGAGACGAUACGUCGGAUCAGCCGCCGGUGCGUAAAAAAGCCAAAACCAAGAUUGGCAACAAGUCGAAGAAGAAGAGCAAAUCGAAGAAAAGCAAGUUCCCGGACGGUGGCGAGGAGGGCGAACACGAGCAUCAGGACUAUUGCGAGGUGUGCCAGCAGGGCGGGGAGAUCAUUUUGUGCGAUACCUGCCCGAAGGCGUACCAUUUAGUGUGUCUGGAUCCGGAGCUAGAGGACACGCCCGAGGGCAAGUGGUCUUGUCCGACGUGUGAAGCGGAAGGACCGGCGGAUGAAGACGACGACGAGCAUCAGGAGUUCUGCCGCGUGUGCAAGGAUGGAGGAGAGUUGCUGUGUUGCGACAAUUGUCCUUCCGCGUACCACACGUUCUGUUUGAACCCACCGCUGGAUGACAUUCCCGAUGGAGACUGGCGGUGUCCAAGGUGUAGCUGCCCGCCGUUGGCCGAUAAAGUGCAGAAAAUCCUAACCUGGCGGUGGACGGACAAACCGAUCAAUCCGGACGAACCGUCCACGUCGAAGGGAGCGGUCGGUGGUUCGACACGUCGCCGGGAGUAUUUCGUGAAGUGGCUCGAGAAGUCGUACUGGCACUGCGAUUGGAUAACGGAGCUGCAGCUCGACGUGCACCAUCCGCUCAUGUUCCGGUAUUACACGCGCAAGUACGACAUGGAGGAACCGCCUAAGCUGGAGGAAGCGCUCGACGAACAGGACAACCGCUACAAGCGCAUCCAGCGCAUGCGCGAGGUCAACGGGAACCUGAACGAGACGGAGCUGGAGGAAAAGUUCUACCGCUACGGUGUGAAGCCCGAGUGGCUGAUGGUGCACCGGGUGAUCAAUCACCGGACGAUGCGCGACGGUCGGACGCUUUAUUUGGUGAAGUGGCGCGAACUCCCGUACGAUCAGGCAACCUGGGAGGACGAAGAGGAGGACAUCCCGGGGUUGAAGCUGGCCGUGGAGUACUACCUCGAUUUGCGUGCCAACUGCUCGCAGGACAUUGGUGGUGGCAGUGGCAGCGGCAGUAGCAGCAGCAAAAAGAGCAAGAAAAAAGGCCGCCGUCGGUUGCGUGAGCUUGAGGAGGAAGAGCGCACGACGGGCAUGAAGCGGUACACGCCACCGCCGGAAAAGCCGACCACGGAUUUGAAGCGCAAGUUCGAGGUACAACCGCCGUAUCUGGAUGAGACGGGAAUGCGAUUGCAUCCGUAUCAGCUGGAGGGGAUCAACUGGUUGCGUUACUCGUGGGCCAAUGGGACCGAUACGAUCCUGGCCGACGAGAUGGGUCUGGGAAAGACGAUCCAAACGGCCACGUUCCUGUACUCGCUGUACAAGGAGGGCCACUGUAAGGGUCCGUUCCUGGUGGCGGUGCCGCUUUCGACCAUCAUCAAUUGGGAGCGUGAGUUCGAAACGUGGGCACCCGAUUUCUACUGCAUCACGUACGUGGGCGACAAGGAGUCACGGUCGGUGAUACGCGAGAACGAGCUGUCCUUCGAGGAGGGCGCUGUGCGAGGUGGCAAAGCAUCGCGCAUUCGAGCGAGCUCGAUCAAGUUUAACGUGCUGCUGACGAGCUACGAGCUGAUUUCGAUCGAUGCCGCCUGUCUCGGGUCGAUCGAUUGGUCCGUGCUGGUGGUGGACGAGGCGCAUCGUCUCAAAUCGAACCAGAGCAAGUUCUUCAAGGUGCUGAACGCGUACAACAUCGCGUACAAGCUGCUGUUAACCGGUACACCGCUGCAGAACAACCUCGAGGAGCUGUUCCAUCUGCUGAACUUCCUGAACAAGAACAAAUUCAACGAGCUGGCGGAGUUCCAGAACGAGUUCGCUGACAUUUCGAAGGAGGAGCAGGUGAAGCGACUGCACGAGAUGCUGGGACCACACAUGCUGCGCCGGAUGAAAGCGGACGUGUUGAAGAACAUGCCCACCAAGUCGGAGUUUAUUGUGCGCGUGGAGCUGUCGCCGUUGCAGAAAAAGUACUACAAGUACAUCCUGACGCGCAACUACGAGGCGUUGAACCCCAAGGGUGGUGGUGGCGCUUGCUCGCUGAUUAACAUUAUGAUGGAUCUGAAAAAGUGCUGCAACCAUCCGUACCUGUUUGCGGCGGCGGCUGAGGAAGCGCAGCUGGGUCCGGGCGGCAACUACGAGUUGCAGUCGCUGACGAAGGCUGCCGGCAAGCUGGUGUUGUUGGAGAAGAUGCUGAAGUUGCUAAAAUCCCAGGGCCACCGGGUGUUGAUCUUUUCGCAGAUGACGAAAAUGUUGGACAUUUUGGAGGACUUCCUCGAGGGGCUGGGAUACAAGUACGAGCGUAUCGACGGUGGCAUCACCGGCAGCAUCCGGCAGGAAGCGAUCGAUCGGUUUAACGCGCCGGGUGCGCCACAGUUUUGCUUCCUGCUGUCGACUCGAGCCGGUGGGUUGGGCAUUAACUUGGCCACCGCCGAUACGGUCAUCAUCUACGAUUCGGAUUGGAAUCCGCACAACGACAUACAAGCGUUUUCGCGUGCGCAUCGCAUCGGUCAGGCCAACAAAGUGAUGAUCUAUCGGUUCGUGACGCGUAACUCGGUGGAGGAGCGCGUGACGCAGGUGGCGAAGCGUAAGAUGAUGCUGACGCAUUUGGUGGUGCGGCCCGGUAUGGGUGGCAAGGGUACCAACUUUACCAAGCAGGAGCUGGACGAUAUUCUGCGCUUCGGUACGGAGGAACUGUUCAAGGAGGAGGACGGCAAGGACGAGGAGGCGAUCCAUUACGAUGAAAAGGCGGUCGCGGAGCUGCUCGACCGCUCGAACAAGGGCGUGGAGGAGAAGGAGAACUGGGCAAACGAGUAUCUGUCCUCGUUCAAGGUGGCCUCGUACUCGACCAAGGAGGACGUGGAAGAGGAAACGGAAACGGAGGUGAUUAAGCAGGAGGCGGAAAAUUCCGACCCAGCGUACUGGGUGAAGCUGUUGCGGCACCACUACGAACAGCACCAGGAAGACCUGUCGAGAACGCUUGGCAAGGGUAAGCGUGUGCGCAAGCAAGUCAACUACACGGACGGUGGCGUGAUCCAGGCGGAUCCGGUGAAGGAAGACUCCACCUGGCAGGAGAACGUGUCGGACUACAACAAUUCGGACUACUCGGGCGCGUCGGAUGAAGAUCGCGACGAGGACGACGAGGAGAGCGAACAGGGACGUCGCAGCCGGCGACGCAUCGAGCGUAAGGAAGCGGAACGGGAUAAUCGACCACUUCCGCCGCUGUUGGCGCGUGUCGGUGGCAACAUCGAGGUGUUGGGUUUUAACGCGCGCCAGCGCAAGAGCUUCCUGAACGCAAUCAUGCGUUACGGCAUGCCACCGCAAGAUGCAUUCCACUCGCAGUGGUUGGUGCGCGAUCUGCGCGGUAAAUCGGAGCGCAUUUUCAAGGCGUACGUGUCGCUGUUCAUGCGACACCUGUGUGAACCGGGUGCGGAUAAUGCGGAAACGUUUGCGGACGGUGUGCCGCGGGAGGGCCUCAGCCGGCAGCACGUGUUGACGCGCAUUGGCGUAAUGUCGCUGAUUCGGAAGAAGGUGCAGGAAUUUGAGCACAUCAACGGGUACUAUAGUAUGCCGGAGUUGAUUAAGCGACCCUGUGAGCCGGUUAAAAUUGUCCCCCCUGCCAUUGCGGCGGGACCCGGCGGUGGUGAAGGAACGUCCGGAGCGGUUGCAGCCGGAGGAGCUACUGGCGAAACGUCGAAAUCGGCCACAACCAGCACGAGCGCGACACCGGCAACGAGUGCCGCACCCAGUCCUGCUCCUAAUACCAGCUCAUCGGGUGAUAAGGACGAUGAGCAGGCGGCGGGAGCGAGUGAGAAGGAGAAGGCAGUUGAGGGCGAGAAGGAAAAGUCCGGUGACAGCAGCCCCGCUGCUGGAGCAGAUGAGGCGGAGAAGCCGGAAGAGGUGAAAAAGGAUUCGGCUGGUGGGAAAGAUGGAGAGACACCGGUGGCGGUAGCAGCGGACAAAAAACCACCGCCGACGGGAGAGAAAAAGGACGAUGAUGCGGACGCUGUAAAAGAGGAACCGAUGGACACGGAUGCGGGAGCCGCGGUAAAAAAGGAGAAUGAUGAUGAAUCGAAAAAAUCGCCCACGGCCGAAGCAACCGAGGAGCUGAAGGAUGGAAAAGCGGUUGUUGAUGAGGACGCACCGAUCGAGCUGAAAAAGGAAGUGGAUGUGAAGGAAAAGAGCAAGGAUGCGGAGGACAAACCGAAACCGAACGAGGCUGCCAAGGGUGGUGGAUCUGAUGAUGGGAAGAAGUCAUCCGACGUGGCUUCGACCAUGCCGAAGAAAGAAGAGAGAGGAGAAGACGUGGAGGAUGAUGACGACGACGACGAGCAGGAACAGCAGCCGGAUGUGAAACCGUCGGUGGCUCCGGUGGCUCCGGUCGCAACGACAACCACGAUCGAUGACGACGAUGAUGACGUGGUGAUUGUGAAGGACGACGACGAGGACGUAAAAAAGCCGGAACCCGUGAAGGAGAACCUGGAGGUGCAUAAGCGUGCGUUCAUGUUCAACAUCGCCGACGGUGGCUUUACGGAGUUGCACACGCUGUGGUUCAACGAGGAGAAAGCGGCCGUUCCGGGGCGAGAGUACGAAAUUUGGCACCGUCGGCAUGAUUACUGGUUGCUUGCGGGUAUCGUCACGCACGGAUACGGCCGUUGGCAGGACAUCCAGAACGACAUCCGGUUCGCGAUCAUCAACGAGCCGUUCAAGAUGGAUGUCGGUAAGGGUAACUUCCUGGAGAUCAAGAACAAAUUCCUCGCGCGCCGUUUUAAGCUGCUCGAGCAGUCGCUCGUGAUUGAGGAGCAGUUGCGCCGGGCUGCGCUGUUGAACCUGGCGCAGGAUCCGAGCCAUCCGGCAAUGGCACUGAACGCGCGGUUCGCCGAGGUCGAGUGUUUGGCUGAGUCGCAUCAACACCUGAGCAAAGAGUCGCUGGCUGGGAACAAACCGGCCAAUGCCGUGCUGCACAAGGUGCUGAACCAGCUCGAGGAGCUGCUGUCGGAUAUGAAAUCGGACGUAUCGCGGUUGCCGGCGACACUCGCCCGUAUCCCACCCGUCGCCCAGAGGCUGCAAAUGUCCGAGCGUUCGAUCUUGUCGCGGUUAGCUGCCACGGGCAACACGGUCCAGCAGAAUCCACCAAUGUCACAGUUCCCGCCAGGAUACCAGGGCACGACAUUGCCAGGUUUUGCCGCGGCCGCAGCCGCCAACUUUGCCACCUUCCGGCCGACGUUCUCCGUGCCCGGACAGCCGACCAAUUUCUCCAGCACCGCAGGAGCUGGCGGAAGCAGCUCGUCCGGAAAGUAGAGCGGUUCUUCUUUCAGAAUAGCUGCUUCUCGGGGCAGAAGGAAACGGUACCCCCGCGUUGCUAGGCGGCAGAGGCGCUCCCUAUCACUCUCUUCUUCAAUCAAAAUGUGUACAUCUAUCAAUUGGCCCCCGUACUAUGUCGUUUUUACGAGCACAUGAUGGCGUUUUUCUCACAUGCGAAUGUAUUUCGUUGACAUUUUACAACAUAAUUUAAAAUACCUUUUCUUCGCUAGUUUUAAAUACUUUUAUGGAUGAAAACACACACACACACACGCAUGAGAAAGGAUGUUAAACGUGCAACAUGUCACAAAAUCAUAUAGGUCCAUUGCACUUACAUCUUUGCACCGUGUUUGAUUUUGUAUCGUAAGAGAACGUUUUAUUCGGAAAUUUGGUAAACAAAUUACAUCUUGCGUAUGUUUGAUCGGUGGUAGGGAACGAAAGGCAAAUGCGCAGGAGAGAACUCAGAAAACGAACCACCCGUACAUACAAAAUCCAUUUGCAUGUAAGACAGUAGCAUAAAUAGCUCCAUAGGAUUGUAUUGCACUUUACGACUAAAUAUAUAUACAUUGUAAGCAUAUAAAUUAUCGACUCAAUUGCAGUGCCGGGGUUUCUGAAAUCCGGCAAUUCAAUAAAACGA